CGCGGUGCGCAGCGUGGCUUGAAGCGAAAGCGAAAGCGGCGGGACCAGCGCCUUCAUUAAGAGAGCCGCCGGCACGCCCAAGGGAUCCAGUUUGGGAAGAAGCAGAUUUCAGAAGACCUCCUGAGCUGCUGUUCCGCAGGUCCUCUGCUCCCUUGCCCGGAGUCCACUGCUUUCGUCUCCUGUCCGGCGCUGGCGCCGCCUGCCGCAAGUCCUCUGUGGCUUCAUCCCACCGCUGCACCCCAUCUCCAGGCCCUAAGGACCCGGGGAGUGGAGGGAGUGUGACUGGGGACUGAGUCUUCUUAGUUAACACCAAGAAGCUUCAAGGGUACAGAGCCCAUCAUGGCGCUGGCCCACCUGACACCCUGGGCCUCUCUGCUGCUGGUGGACAUGGCUUUACUCGCGUUGCUUCGAGGGUCUCUGGGAAAUCUGCUUCCCCAGGGACUUCCAGGACUGUGGCUGGAGAGCACCCUGCGCCUUGGAGGACUGUGGGGGCUGCUAACAGCGGGAGGGCUGCUCGGACUUGUUGGCACCUUUCUUCCCUUGCUCUGCCUGGCCACCCCACUCUUUUUCUCGCUGAGAGCCCUGGUGGGAGGCACCAUGAGUGCCCCAGCAGUCAGAGUGGCUUUUGCCUCUUGGGGCUGGCUGCUGGCUGGCUAUGGGGCUGCCGCGCUGGGGUGGGCCGUGUGGGCUGUGCUGAGCCCUCUGGCAGCCCAGGAGAAGGAACCAGGCCAGGAGAACAACAAAGCCCUGAUGUGGCGGUUGCUGAAGCUCUCCAGGCCGGACCUGCCUUUCCUCAUAGCUGCCUUGUUCUUCCUCGUGGUGGCUGUGUUGGGGGAGACCUUAAUUCCUCACUAUUCUGGUCGUGUGAUUGACAUCCUGGGAGGCGAUUUUGACCCGAAUACUUUUGCCAGCGCCAUCUUUUUCAUGUGCCUGUUCUCUGCUGGGAGCUCCCUGUCUGCAGGCUGCCGAGGAGGCUUCUUCCUCUUCACCAUGUCCAGGAUCAACCUGCGGAUACGAGAGCUGCUUUUCUCGUCCUUGCUGCGCCAAGACCUUGGUUUUUUCCAGGAGACUAAAACAGGUGAGCUGAACUCACGCUUGAGCUCGGACACCUCCCUGAUGAGCCGUUGGCUCCCCCUGAAUGCCAACAUCCUUCUGCGGAGCCUGGUGAAGGUGUUGGGGCUCUACUUCUUCAUGCUCCGGGUGUCGCCCAGACUCACCUUCCUCUCGCUGCUGGACCUGCCCCUCACAAUAGCAGCCGAGAAGGUGUACAACCCCCGCCACCAGGCUGUGUUAAUGGAGAUCCAGGAUGCGGUGGCCAAGGCUGGGCAGGUGGUGCGUGAGGCGGUAGGAGGGCUGCAGACUGUGCGCAGCUUUGGGGCUGAGGAGCAGGAGGUCAGCCGCUAUAAGGAGGCCCUGGAACGAUGCCGACAGUUGUGGUGGCGCCGAGACCUGGAAAGAGCCGUGUAUUUAGUCAUCCGGAGGGUAAUGGCCUUGGGCAUGCAGGUGCUGAUUCUGAACUGCGGGGUGCAGCAGAUCCUGGCUGGUGAGGUGACCAGGGGAGGCCUGCUCUCCUUCCUGCUGUACCAGGAGGAAGUGGGACACUAUGUCCGGAGCCUGGUGUACAUGUAUGGGGAUAUGCUGAGCAAUGUGGGUGCCGCUGAGAAGGUUUUCUGCUACAUAGACCGAAAGCCAAAUCUGCCCCAGCCUGGGACUCUGGCCCCUGCCAAUCUGGAGGGCCGCGUGGAAUUCCAAGAUGUCUCCUUUUCGUACCCCAGUCGCUCUGAGAAGCCUGUACUCAAGGGCCUGACGUUCACACUGCACCCUGGAAAGGUGACAGCGUUGGUGGGGCCCAACGGGUCCGGGAAGAGCACCGUGGCUGCCCUGCUGCAGAAUCUGUACCAGCCCACGGGGGGCCAGGUGCUGCUGGACGGCCAGCCCCUGGUCCAGUAUGAUCACCACUACCUGCACAGCCAGGUGGUUCUGGUGGGACAGGAGCCCGUGCUCUUCUCCGGGUCUGUGAAGGACAACAUUGCCUACGGCCUGAAGGACUGUGAGGAUGCUCAAGUGAUGGCAGCUGCUCGGGCAGCCUGUGCAGACGACUUCAUAGGGGAAAUGGCUGAUGGGAUACACACAGACAUAGGGGAGAAAGGGGGCCAGUUAGCUGUGGGACAGAAACAACGUCUGGCCAUCGCCCGGGCCCUUGUGCGGAACCCACGGGUCCUCAUCCUGGAUGAGGCUACCAGUGCCCUGGACGCCCAGUGUGAGCAGGCUCUGCAGGCCUGGAGAUCGCAGGGGGACAGGAUGGUGCUGGUGAUUGCCCACAGGCUGCACACGGUUCAGAACGCCGACCAGGUCCUGGUGCUCAAGCAGGGGCAGCUGCUGGAGCAAGACCAGCUCAGGGAAGACCAGGAUGUCUAUGCUCACCUGGCACAGCAGCGGCAGGAGGAGUGAGUGCUUCUCAGGCCUGUGGCCAGAAACGGACCCACGGGGACUGUGCUGGAGGCUGGAUAAAGACCGGGACCAUUUUUGGACCUUGUGUGUUUUGAUGAGCUCGAGUGGGUGGGUGGGAGUUGGGGGAUGGA